CAGGGCUGUGUGUUCCUUCCGGGGAGUCUAGGGGAGGAUCUGUCCUUUGCCUUUUCCAGCCUUUAUAAGCUGCUUGCAUUCCUUGGCUUGUGACGCCCCCCUUCAGCAGAAGCAUCGUGUUACCUCUGCUUCUAGCAUCACAUCUUCUCUGACACACCUGCCUCUCUCCUUCCCUUGUAAGGAAGAGUAGAUUGGAGGGGAGAAUUGGGAGUUUGUUUUUGGUCAUGUGAAGUUUGCUAUGCCUGUCAAAUAUCUAAGUGGAGAUCUGUUAAGUAGGCAGUUUGAGUUCAGAAGAGAGGCCUGGGUGGAGAUAUGAGAUGCAGUGAGGGAAGUUACUUCAGAGGUCUUUACCCACAGUGGGUUUCAGUGUUUAGAGAUGAAGAUGAUGAGAAGAAACUAGCAGAGGAGACUGAGAAGGAGCCAUCAGUGAGAAAGGAGGAGAAAGAGUCAUGUGUUGGAAGCUGAGCGCAGAAAAGUUUAAGGAGCGAGUGAUCAUGUCAAAUACUGGUAGAUACUAUUAUUAUUACAAUUCACCACACUAUAUUCUCGUACUCUGGGGGAAAUCUAUUUCCAGAAGACCUCUGAAAUUAGUUUGAGGAACCAUUUCUAACAUCACCUUUGUUGUCAAAUGAAGUUCUACUGCAGGGUCCAGGGCACUGGGCUGGUAGACACGGCGCCCGAAGGAAGGCCUGGUGAGGUAGCAGAAGUGCACCAUCGUCAACAGUUUUGUCACUGGCCCUGUCAGUGCACUCGCCAGAAGCCCAGCUGCCCUCCUGGAGUGAGCCUGGUGAGGGAUGGCUGUGGAUGCUGUAAAAUCUGUGCCAGGCAACCAGGGGACACCUGCAACGAAGCUGACCUCUGUGACCCCCACAAAGGGCUGUACUGUGACUACUCAGCAGACGGGCCUACGUACGAGACUGGAGUGUGUGCAUACCUUGUAGCUGUGGGAUGUGAGUUCAACAGGGUACAUUAUCAUAAUGGCCAAGUGUUUCAGCCCAAUCCCCUGUUUAGCUGCCUCUGUGUGAGUGGGGCCAUUGGAUGCACACCUCUGUUCAUACCAAAGCCGGCUGACAGGCACUGCUCUAGGGCUAAAGGUGGAAAGAAGACUGAUCAGUCAAAAUGUGGCCUGGGGUCAUCACAACAGCAGCUGUCAACAAGCUACAAAACAAUGCCAGCUUAUAGGAAUCUCCCACUUAUUUGGAAAAGAAAAUGUCUUGUGCAAGCAACGAAGUGGACCCCUUGCUCCAGAACAUGUGGGAUGGGCAUAUCUAAUAGGGUAACCAAUGAAAACAGCAACUGUGAAAUGAGAAAUGAGAAAAGACUGUGCUACAUUCAGCCUUGUGACAGUAAUAUAUCAAAGACAGUAAAGAUCCCCAAAGGAAAAACAUGCCAACCUACUUUCCAACCCGUCAAAGCUGAAAAAUUUGUCUUUUCCGGAUGCUCAAGCACUCAGAGUUACAAACCCACUUUCUGUGGGAUAUGCUUGGAUAAAAGAUGCUGUGUCCCUAACAAGUCUAAAAUGAUUACCAUUCAGUUUGAUUGCCCAAACGAAGGGUCAUUUAAAUGGAAGAUGCUGUGGAUUACAUCUUGUGUAUGUCAGAGAAACUGCAGAGAUCCAGGAGAUAUAUUUUCUGAGAUCAAGAUCCUAUAAAACCAAGCACAUGGGGAAAAAGUUAAGGUCAAUCAUGUCAU